UAUGUCAAUAUUAAAGUUGUGUUUUUAAACACUUUUUUUACAUUUCUCGAUAGUUAAGAAAAUCGAUGUUGUUUACGUAAAGUUUAAUCAAUACUUGAGGAAUUCCUGGAAACUGAGAAUGCAUUUUAUUCACAAAUUCGAUAACAUAUCUAUCCGAACUGCGCAUUCUCCAUCGCGGUACAUUCUAAGUAGAUUAUUUACAUUUUGACACAAUCAUUCUUAAAAGUUUUCAACUGCAAAAUAAUCUUUAAAAAAUGGGUUUUGAUAUCCCAGGAUUUGCUUACGCAGCGGUCGUUGCAGCUGGAGGAGCCUUUGGUUAUUACAAAGCAGGGUCAGUCCCGUCUUUAGCCGCAGGAGUUAUUUUUGGAACUGUUUUAGCCUAUGGGGCUUGGCAAGUUAGUCAAAAUGCAAAUAAUUAUUCCGUACAACUUGCUGCAAGUUCAGUUCUUGCUGGGGUUAUGGGUUAUCGUUUUUAUAACACUGGAAAAGUAAUGCCAGCUGGUGUUAUUUGUGCUCUUUCUUUAGCUAUGGUCGCUCGAACUGCUCUUAAUGCUUCUGGAUUGGGACAAAGAAAAUUAUAAUCGAUUUAAAUGGUAGAUUUAAGUAUUAAAACGAGUAUCCCUUUGAUUCCUUUGUAGUCUUCCCUCUCUAUUAAUAUAAUAAUGCAAUAAUAACUGUGGA